AUGAGGAAUCUACUGAUAUUCAUCAUCCUGUCCUUCAUGACAGGUAAUACGCUUGUUAUAUCACUCUAUAGCAAUGUAAUAACACCCAGUUAGUAUUCUUUAAAAUACUUCUACUCAAGAGUCUGGGAUACCAGUGUGUAUGGAUAAUAUGAUGAUGCCACCACUGUUUUCAAAUGUCAUCUCAGGUUGUGUAAGCUGCCUUGAAGUGGAAGGACUCUCAGGAGGAACUGUCAUCUUCAGCUGUAAAUACCCAGUCAAAUAUCAAGAAAUAUUUCUGCAAGGAGUCAACUCAAAGUUGUGAGGAGAAAAUAAGAAGUGGGAUGAAGAACACCUGGGAGAACAAGAAUAGAUUAUCUUUGUGUGACACUGACGGGGAUCACUUCACAGUGGCCAUCAGAAAACUGGAUAAAAGUGAUGAAGGGAACUACAAAUGUGAAGUGAACACCAGAUACACCAAGUGGCCAUUUUACUAAGGUGGAGCUGAAAGUAAAGGAAGGUGAAAGACUUUGACUUUAAUUUGGCCAAAAAAUGAAUUUAAAGUGCAAUUCCGCUACUUUUCAACCUCAUAUUCAUUAUCUUCAGCACCAAACCAGUGUCUACAUAUGUGCAAAUUGCGUGUUUCUAUGAUCUGUGGUUAAAAUGAUAGGAAGAAAGGUCCUAAAAAAUGCUUCUCUGUGACAUCACAGGGUAGGAUUCAAAGUAAAAAAAAACCUGGAGUGGCUGUAGAUCCAACUUUUCCAAGACCUUUUUUUCAGAACUAAAGAUUCCGAAGCUUCUGCAUGUGCAGAUCACGUUCUGCGCAUGUGUAUUCUCUACUUUACAUACUGUAUAUAUAUUAUAUUCUCUGCUCUACUCGUAAAGAACAGGCUACUCUGGCGAAUGGUGCUAGAAUAAAGUUAGAUCAAAGCUGAAUCCAUGUCUGCAAGAUGACAUAAUGAUAGAAUUCUACAUAACAGAACUGAAUAUAAUAGUUAUUGUAAGACAAAAACACCACAGCAUUUUUCUCUCAUGUGGCCAAAACUCAACAGCGUGUGCCACUAGGCAAAAUAAACAUACGGGCUAUGUUAUAGUUUGUUAACACCAUCUGCUCUAAAAUUCGCCCACAGUACAUAUUUCAAAACAACACUGUAGGCUACUUCAAACAACACUGUGUAACUCAAGAAGAUCUAAAUGCAUAUGAGGUCAAAUGGUUGGUAUGCAGAUGCUGCAUGUACGUUUCACCUGUAAAACUUUAGGAGAGACUGAGGUAAUAAAGGCUGAGGUUGUGUUUCCCUUGACAGAUGACUGCUGUAAGAACUCAGUCACAGAGAUGACAGCCUAUCUGGGGGGAAACGCUACCAUCACCUGCCAGUAUCCAGAGGACCAUGUGAAUCGCAUCAAGUAUUUCUGCAAACAAGAUGAUCGCUUCAUCUGCAAAUCCAAGAUCACUUUAAAAUCUGACAAAAUAUUAAACAAACAUGGUCGAUUAUUUGUGUCUGAUAACAGAGAGGAGAGAGCCUUCACUGUGACCUUCACCAACCUGACUGUGGACGAUAUAGGGGUAUACUGGUGUGGUGGGAAAACGAAUGUCUACACCACCCUGAUCACUGAAGUACAACUCAUAGUUAAUGGUGAGUGUAAGCAUUGUUAUUCAUAUCAUGUACUCCAAGCACCGUUUUUUCACCAAUUUAUUUUGUUUUUAGACAAAAGAUAAAUAGUAAUACCAUCCAGGUUAUGGAGCAAGGCCUACUAGUAUCUUGGUCACAAAGGAUGCAAGGAAUCAAGGAAUUACAAAUUGGGAAAGAGCACUUCCUUUUGUCACUUCCUGUGUUGAGUUUCUUUGUGGUGACCUAGCUGUGAGAUCUGGGCAUGCUUAGUCAUGACAUUGUGGUCUGUGAAGGAGUUGGUGAUUUUGGCAGUCCACUUUACAAUUAGCUUAUAAUCUUUGCUCUAUGAUGCCAACGACUUACUAUCAAAGCACACUCUUUAACACUUCCAGCUACUUAGCCUAUUGGUCAUUUCAACCAAUGAACUGUCUUACAAUAGUACACUCUUAGAAAAAGGGUUCCAGAAGGGUUCUUUGGCUGUCCCCAUAGGAUAACCUUUUUUGGUUCCAGGUAGAACCCUUUUUGGUUCCAGGUAGAACCCUUUUUGGUUCCAGGUAGAACUAUUUUGGGUUCCAUGUAGAACCCUUUCCAAAGAGGGUUCUACAUGGAACCCAAAAUAGUUCUACCUGGAACCAAAAAGGGUUCUACCUGGAACCCAAAAGGGUUCAAGGGUUCUACAUGGAACCCAAAAGGGUUCUAUCUGGAACCAAAAGGGUUCUACAUGCAACCAAAAAGGGUUCUUCAAAAGGUUAUCCUAUGGGGACAGCCGAAGAACCUUUAUUGGUUCUAGAUAGCACAUUUUUUUCUAAGAGUGUAGGGAACUGUGGGCCUAUUACUCCAUUGCUUAUAGUUUGUUCUCAUAGGAGACGUUGUGAACAAAUAAUGUUUACCGUCAAGUUAGUGCGCACUACAAAUAUAAAAAAUUAAUCAAGUACGAUUUGCAUAUGAAGAUGUUAUGUAUUGCACCUCUAUAAUAUUCCUCUAUUGUAUGUGGGCCCAGCAAGUUUAGCUAAAAAAAAAACAGACAAAUAACAUCUCAUUUAAUUGUGAAUUUGACUGUAUAUGUGAAUAUGAAUAUGUCUAUAUGAAUAGUGUAUACAACGUAUUUGUGUUGUCUUUUGGUGUUGUCUCUUGACAAUCUAUGACUCUCAUAUCCAUUAGCGCCACCCAAGACCACCACGGUGACCACCAUGUCUCCUGCAUCUUCAUCCAUGUCACCUCCAUCACCACUAAAUGGUAAAUCCAACCUUGAUAUGUAAAUUGGGUUCUCUUCUUCUUUUGUCUUUUUUUAUGGGGUAGAUCAGCUUUAAUAUUGCAGAUCGAUUGUGGCGUCAAUCAGUGUAAUUGUCUGCAUAAUUUCCAACCCCCCAUAUAUAUUUAUACAGUGCAUUCGGAAAGUAUUCAGACCCCUUGACUUUUUCCACAUUUUGUUAGGUUACAGCCUUAUUCUAAAAUUGAUUAAAUUGUUUUUUUUCAUUCAUCAAUCAACACCCCAUGAUGACAAAGCAAAAACAGGUUUUUAGACAUUUUUGCAAAUGUAUUAAAAAUAAAACCCUGAAAUAUCCCAUUUACAUAAGUAUUCAGACCCUUUACUCAGUACUUUGUUGAAGCACCUUUGGCAGCGAUUACAGCCUCAAGUCUUCUUGGGUAUAACGCUACAAGCUGGGCACACCUGUAUUUGGGGAGUUUCUCCCAUACUUCUCCCAUUCUUCUCUGCAGAUCCUCUCAAGCUCUGUCAGGUUGAAUAGGGAGCGUCGCUGAACAGCUAUUUUCAGGUCUCACCAGAGAUGUUCGAUCGGGUUCAAGUCUGGGCUCUUUGCUAUGAGACUCAAAAUUGAGCUCAGGUGCAUCUUGUUUCCAUUGAUCAUCCUUGAGAUGUUUCUACAACUUGAUUGGUGUCCACCUGUGGUAAAUUCAAUUGACUGGACAUGAUUUGGAAAGGCACACAGCUGUAUAUAUAAGGUCCCACAGUUGACAGUGCAUGUCAGAGCAAAAAUCAAGCCAUGAGGUCAAAGGAAUUAUCCGUAGAGCUCAGAGACAGGAUUGUGUCGAGGCACAGAUCUGGGGAAGGGUACCAAAAAAUGUCUACAUCAUUGAAGGUCCCCAAGAACAUAGUGGCCUCCAUCAUUCUUAAAUGGAAGAAGUUAAGAACCACCAAGACUCUUCCUAGAGCUGACUGUCCGGCCAAACUGAGCAAUCAGGGGAGAAGGGCCUUGGUCAGGGAGGUGACCAAGAACCCGAUGGUCACUCUGACAGAGCUCUAGAGUUCUUCUGUGGAGAUGGGAGAACCUUCCAGAAGGACAACCAUCUCUGCAGCGCUCCACCAAACAGGCCUUUAUGGUAGAGUGGACAGACGAAGCCACUCCUCAGUAAAAGACAGAUGACAGCCCGCUUGGAGUUUGCCAAAAGGCACCUAAAGACUCUCAGACCAUGAGAAACAAGAUUCUCUGGUCUGAUGAAACCAAGAUUGAACUCUUUGGCCUGAAUGCCAAGCGUCACGUCUGGAGGAAACCUAGCACCAUCCCUACGGUGAAGCAUGGUGGAUUCAGCAUCAUGCUGUGGGGAUGUUUUCAGCGGCAGGGACUGGGAGACUUGUCAGAAUCGAGGCAAAGAUUAACGUUGCAAAGUACAGAGAGAUCCUUGAUGACAACCUGCUCAAGACCUCAGACUGGGGCGAAGGUUCACCUUCCAACAGGACAACAACCCUAAGCACACAGCCAAGACAACGCAGGAGUGGCUUCGGGACAAGUCUCUGAAUGUCCUUGAGUGGCCCAGCCAGAGCCCGGACUUGAACCCAAUUUAACAUCUCUGGAGAGACCUGACAAUAGCUGGGCAGCAACGCUCCCCAUCCAACCUGACAGAGCUUGAGAGGAUCUGCAGAGAGAAAUGAGAGAAACUCCUCAAAUACAGGUGUGCCAAGCUUGUAGCGUCAUACCCAAGACUCGAGGCAGUAAUCGCUGCCAAAGGUGCUUCAACAAAAUACUGAGUAAAGGGUCUGAAUACUUAUGUAAAUGUGAUAUUUCCGUUUAUUAUUUUUAAUAAAUUUGCAAACAUUUCUAAAAACCUGUUUAUGCUUUGUUAUUAUGGGGUAUUGUGUGUAGAUUGAUGAGGGAAAAAAAAUUAUUUAAUCAAUUUUAGAAUAAGGCUGUAACGUAACAAAAUGUGUAAAAAUUCAAGGGUCUGAAUACUAUCCGAAUGCACUGUAUAACUGUUUGGUUUGGUUCUGCCCUCUAUAGUGCUGUCCGGUUAGAACAUGAUGUUGAGGCCCAUCACUGUACUCUUGAUAGUCACCACCACACACACACAGACACAGCUGUUUCCUUUGAAGAUGUUUAUAUGAUUUUGUUAAUCGGAAUGACUUUGAAUCUUAUUGUUGUGGUUAUUUCGAUACAUGCACAACAUUUAGACAUUCGUGUUAUUGUCGACAACAAAAAGACCUCAGAAACAUGCGUCUUCUCCCUUCGGACAACGAUAACACUCUGACCUGAGUGGGCGGGUGCAGUGUCCAGAUGCGCAUUUCCAAGCACUCUGAUUGGUUGGGAAUGGCAGGGCUAUGAUGGGUGAGGGGUAACUUAGGUAGGCUGAGCAGCCAAACUAACGGGACUUAAGGGAAACUGAAGGGACUGUGAGGGGAAGUUAGGUAGAUAGGAGAGGUGCAGGACGGCCUUUUUUACACAAACUUUUUCCAUUAUGUAAUCCAACAUUGUUAGUGGAUAUGUGUGCAACAAAAGUUCAACAAUCUUCUUUUGCUUCUAUUUCUGUCAAGUCUACGCAUACAAUUUGAUGCAUACAUAGGAUAAAUCCAACGUAUGCACCACACAAAAUGCACUGCAACUGCCUCUGCAACACAAUGCUGCAAGGAAAAUGAAGAAUGAAGUUACAAAGUCUGAUUGAGGCUUAAAUUACACUGGAAGGACUGUAUGUAAGCAGAAAAGAAGAGCUAAUUGCUUGUGGUCUACUCUCUCUGUGUGUGUGUGUGUGUGUGUGUGUGUGUGUGUGUGUGUGUGUGUGUGUGUGUGUCUUCAAGGAACCUCUGUGGUCAUCAUUGUAUCUGUGAGUCUGGGUGGGUUGGUGUUUGCUGUCAUCCUGGUCGUUGUCUACAGUUGUAAACGCAACAAAGAGAAAGGUGAGUAUUUUUUUUAAACACACACACACCAGUGGAGGCUGCUGAGGGGAGGACGUCUCAUAAUAAUGGCCGGAAUGGAGUCAAUGGAAUGUAUCAAACACAUGGUUUUCAUAUAUUUGAUACCAUUCACUCCAUUCCAGCCAGCCAUUACACACACACACUCACACACGCAUGCACGCACGCACGCACACACACACACACAGAGCAGACCACAUGCAAUCAGCUCCUCUGGUCUGCUUACAGUCCUUCCAGUGUAACUCUCCCUAUGAGUAAUGUGUUCUUUGUGUUCCACAGGAGCUGCCUCCUCAACACACAGGAUGAGCACAGAUGCAGGGAACAAUGGAAAGGUCAGUGUGUGUGUGUGUGAGGGAGGGAGGGAGGGAGGGAGGGAGGGAGGGAGGGAGUAUGUGUGUGUUUACGUAAGUUUGUGUCAAACAAUUAUUUCCUCUCCUUCACGACGUCCUCCUUCUCUUUUUUCCUCUUCCUCUCCUUCUCCUCUUAUCUCCUCAUCCUUUUCUCCCUCCUCCUCCUUCUCUCCUCCAUCUGUCUUCCUCCUCCCUCUCUUCUCCCUCCUCCCUCUCUCCUCCUCUUUCUCCUCUCCAGGGUGGUAUUGGUGACUCUGAAGGUAUAAAGGAGCGCCCCCUUCAGCCAGACUCAGGUCUGGCGACCACCAUCUACGCCUCUGACUCUCUUCACUACGCCAGUGUCAACUUCCAGAAGAACCCUGUCUGCCCCACCGAAGCCACCGCCGCCAUCGCUAAAGACGACACUUCUUUCGCUGACUACGCCACUGUGAACUUUGGUCAAAGCCCCGCCUAA